AUGAGGCCGCGGCCCGAAGGUCGGGGGCUCCGGGCGGGAGCCGCGCUGUCACCCGCGCUGCUGCUGCUGCUGCUGCUGCCGCCGCCGCCACCGCUGCCGGGACGCCUGUGGGCGGCGGGCACACCCGCGCCGGCGGCACCCGGGGCUCGGCAGGACGGCGCGCCGAGCGCCGGGCGCGUGAAGCGCGGCUGGGUGUGGAACCAGUUCUUCGUGGUGGAGGAGUACACGGGCACCGAGCCCCUGUACGUGGGCAAGAUCCACUCGGACUCCGACGAGGGUGACGGAGCCAUCAAGUACACCAUCUCAGGUGAGGGAGCUGGGACCAUCUUCCUGAUCGAUGAGCUGACGGGAGACAUCCACGCCAUGGAGCGCCUGGACCGUGAGCAGAAAACUUUCUACACGCUGCGGGCUCAGGCCCGGGAUCGUGCCACCAACCGCCUGCUGGAACCGGAGUCGGAGUUCAUCAUCAAGGUGCAGGACAUCAACGACAGUGAGCCCCGCUUCCUGCAUGGCCCCUACAUUGGAAGUGUGGCUGAGCUCUCACCUACAGGCACGUCGGUGAUGCAGGUGAUGGCCUCGGAUGCGGAUGACCCCACGUACGGCAGCAGCGCUCGGCUGGUGUACAGCGUGCUGGAUGGCGAGCACCACUUCACCGUGGACCCCAAGACCGGUGUGAUCCGGACAGCUGUGCCCGACCUUGACCGUGAGAGCCAGGAGCGCUACGAAGUGGUCAUCCAGGCCACAGACAUGGCGGGCCAGCUGGGCGGCCUCUCUGGCUCCACGACCGUCACCAUCGUGGUCACCGAUGUCAAUGACAACCCACCCCGUUUCCCUCAGAAGAUGUACCAGUUCAGCAUUCAAGAGUCAGCCCCCAUCGGCACAGCUGUGGGACGAGUGAAGGCUGAGGACUCAGAUGUGGGUGAGAACACAGAUAUGACUUACCACCUCAAGGAAGAGAGCGGCAGCGGCGGCCAAGUGUUCAAGGUCACCACGGACAGCGACACUCAGGAGGCCAUCAUUGUAGUGCAGAAGCGCCUGGACUUUGAGUCCCAGCCCGUGCACACCGUGGUCCUGGAGGCCCUCAACAAGUUCGUGGAUCCCCGCUUCGCUGACCUGGGCACGUUCCGCGACCAGGCGAUCGUGCGCGUGGCCGUGACCGACGUGGACGAGCCCCCCGAGUUCCGGCCGCCCUCCGGCCUCCUGGAGGUGCAGGAGGACGCGCAGGUGGGCUCCCUGGUCGGCGUGGUGACGGCGCGGGACCCCGACGCCGCCAACCGGCCCGUCCGGUACGCCAUUGACCGCGACUCGGAUCUGGACCAGAUCUUUGAUAUCGAUGCGGACACGGGCGCCAUCGUGACGGGCAAGGGCCUGGACCGUGAGACGGCCGGCUGGCACAAUAUCACCGUGCUGGCCAUGGAAGCGGACAAUCAUGCCCAGCUCUCCCGGGCAUCCCUAAGGAUCCGAAUCCUGGAUGUGAACGACAAUCCCCCAGAGCUGGCCACUCCCUAUGAGGCAGCCGUGUGUGAGGACGCCAAGCCAGGACAGCUUAUCCAGACCAUCAGCGUGGUGGACAGAGACGAGCCUCAGGGUGGGCACCGCUUCUAUUUCCGCCUGGUGCCCGAAGCUCCCAGCAACCCUCACUUCUCCCUGCUUGACAUCCAAGACAACACGGCUGCGGUGCACACUCAGCACUUGGGCUUCAACCGGCAGGAGCAGGACGUGUUCUUCCUGCCCAUCCUGGUGGUGGACAGCGGGCCGCCCACGCUGAGCAGCACGGGCACGCUCACCAUCCGCGUCUGCGGCUGUGACAGCUCCGGCGCCAUCCAGUCCUGCAACACCACGGCCUUCGUCAUGGCCGCCACCCUCAGCCCCGGCGCCCUCAUCGCCCUCCUGGUCUGUGUCCUCAUCCUAGUCGUGCUGGUACUGCUGAUCCUCACCCUCAGACGCCACCACAAGAGCCACCUGAGCUCGGACGAGGACGAGGACAUGCGGGACAACGUCAUCAAAUACAACGACGAGGGCGGCGGCGAGCAGGACACGGAGGCCUACGACAUGUCGGCGCUGCGGAGCCUCUACGACUUCGGCGGCGAGCUCAAGGGCGGCGACGGGGUCGGCGGUGGCGGGGGCCCGGGCGGGAGCGGGGGCGCUGGCAGCCCCCCGCAGGCCCGCCUGCCCUCGGAGCGCCACUCGCUCCCGCAGGGGCCACCGAGCCCCGAGCCGGACUUCUCGGUGUUCAGGGACUUCAUCAGCCGCAAGGUGGCGCUGGCGGACGGGGACCUGUCGGUGCCGCCCUACGACGCCUUCCAGACCUACGCCUUCGAGGGCGCGGACUCGCCGGCCGCCUCGCUCAGCUCGCUGCACAGUGGCUCGUCGGGCUCCGAGCAGGACUUCGCCUAUCUCAGCGGCUGGGGCCCGCGCUUCCGGCCCCUGGCCGCGCUCUACGCCGGCCACCGCGCGGACGACGAGGCCCAGGCCUCCUAG